AGCCUGGUCUGAACCGGACCAGUCUGCACGGAAACCUUCUCCAGGAGAGAAAGUAUCGGAAUCGGUCUCUAAAGGGAAAAAGUUCAGAUUUUGUGCAAAGACUCAGAGAGGACACAACUCAGGAGACAUUUAAAUACACCACAACCUGGUCACAUUGUUUUAUGUUUUGACUAAUUUAGUGAAAUUGCAAAAGGACAGAACAUUAAGCUCUUGCAUUUGAAUAUCAGAAUUUUAUUUCAGCUCACUUUGGAUGCGGACUCUCGUUUUAGCUUUAAAAUCGGAUUAUCAGACACUGGGCAUUGUAUCUCAGUACACUUUUUUAUUUGGGGUCCAUCAUUGGCGAGGCAAAUAUGUUUCUCAGUUUUUGUCUUCUGGUGACAUUUUUCUUGGGGCUGUCCGGGUGCUUGGGCUCUUACGUACCCUGCGAGCCGUGCGACCCAAAGGCUCUCUCGAUGUGUCCCCCGGUCCCCGUUGGCUGUCAGCUCGUGAAGGAACCGGGCUGCGGUUGCUGCCUAACCUGCGCCCUGUCAGAGGGUCAAGCUUGCGGCGUGUACACCGGGACGUGCACCCAUGGCUUGCGCUGCUUGCCACGGAAUGGGGAGGAGAAGCCCCUUCACGCCCUCCUGCACGGUAGAGGAGUGUGCACAAACGAGAAAGGAUACAAACCGGCCCAUCCGCCCAUAGAUCGCGAUUCCCAGGAACAUGAGGACGCCAUGACCCCAGAGACCACAGACGACCAGCUGCAGCUGGCUAAAGUGCCGCUCCACCCCAAAGACCUCAUCAACAGUAAGAAGAUCCAGGCUGUGCGUAAAGACCGCAAGAGGACCCAGGCCAAGCUUCGCUCCAUGGGAGGGCAGAUGGACUACUCCCCGCUGCCCAUUGACAAGCACGAGCCAGAGUUUGGUCCCUGCAGGAGGAAGCUGGACGGGAUCAUCCAGGGGAUGAAGGACACCUCUCGUGUCAUGGCUCUGUCUCUCUACCUCCCAAACUGUGACAGGAAGGGCUUCUUCAAGCGCAAACAGUGCAAGCCCUCUCGUGGGAGGAAGCGGGGUAUCUGCUGGUGCGUGGACAAGUAUGGCGUCCAGCUUCCUGGCACCGACUACAGCGGAGGAGACAUCCAGUGCAAAGACCUGGAGAGCGGCAACAACAACAACGAGUGAAGAGGAGACUCCGCCCCCCUGUCCUGACCCCCUGACCCAGGGCCCUGCUCCACUCCGCCCCCCUGUCCUGACCCCCUGACCCAGGGCCCUGCUCCACUCCUCCCUCCUGUCCGACACACCCUCCAGUCACUUUGAGAAUUGUGUUUUUUCAAAAUGAAAAAAGAGAAAAACGACAACACCCCCCCCCCCCCC